GGUACCCACAAUACAGGGUGGCCUGCAUGGCGCCGGAGUACGACGGACCCUUCCCAGAAAUCCCAGCGCUCGAGGUGAGCUACGCGGCAUUCCGGCACCAGCAGGACCUCAAAGUGGAGGACGUCGAGCAGGACAACCGUCAUAGGCGAAUCAUGAGCGCAUUCACCGAGCAACAGGUGUUCUUCAUCACAGCCUGCUUCACACUAUGCCGUCUGCCCAAAACGAUCAAAUCAUUCGGCGGCGACUGCAACAAGGCAGCCAUGCACUUUGAGCCCUAUGCAGCUGCCUUCAAGUGCAAGCCAGGAUCCAGGAUGAAUCCAUCAGUCAAGUGCCCCUAUUUCAACCGAGACAAACGUUGAUGGCCAGCCAGCCACUCCAUAUACGCGCUAAAGUUUACAUAGUCUGCGCUCUACAUUUGUUUCCUCUAUGCCUAUUUGCAGAGGAUUCCUUUGCAACAGCAGUCCGUUGUUACACAAAACAUAAAGACCCUAAUUGUCGGUAAAACAACCAUGUUUCAAUGGACAUUUUAUACGUAUUUUAUAACUUGCACCAAUAAUUGUUACAAAGCAGAAUAAUGGUGUAGUACAGGGAGCUUUCGGAGUAUUUAUGGUGGAGCGAGACUACUUACAAAGCUGUGUUUGGCCAAGAACACUGGAGAACAUAUAUAGCAAAGUUUGACUGCCCAGACAUACUUGCCGAUUUCGGCCAACGCUUGCAGCUUUAUAAAAAUGAGAUACUGAACAAUAAAAAUAAGAAAA